UGCGUUUCUCGAACCCAUUAAACAAAGACAAGGCCAGCCUCCCCGUCCUCGAUCCUUCGCCUACCUCCAGAUCUCAGAUCCGAAGAGCUCCGGCCCUUCUCCAAUGGCGGUCAAGGUCUACGUCGUGUUCUACUCCACUUACGGGCAUGUCGCCAAGCUAGCUGAGGAGAUCAAGAAAGGCGCCGCCUCUGUCGAAGGUGUGGAGGUUAAGAUAUGGCAGGUCCCUGAGACUCUGUCCGACGAGGUGCUCGGCAAGAUGGGCGCGCCCCCGAAGACGGACGCGCCGAUCAUCACGCCGCAGGAGCUCGCGGAUGCGGACGGGAUCCUCUUCGGGUUCCCCACGCGCUUCGGCAUGAUGGCCGCGCAGAUGAAGGCCUUCUUCGACGCCACCGGCGGCCUGUGGCGGGAGCAGAGCCUGGCCAGCAAGCCAGCCGGCAUCUUCUUCAGCACCGGCACCCAGGGCGGCGGGCAGGAGACCACGCCGCUGACGGCGGUGACGCAGCUGACGCACCACGGGAUGGUGUUCGUGCCGGUGGGGUACACGUUCGGCGCCAAGAUGUUCGGCAUGGACAGCGUGCAGGGCGGCAGCCCGUACGGCGCCGGCACGUUCGCCGGGGACGGCUCGCGGUGGCCGACGGAGGUGGAGCUGGAGCACGCCUUCCACCAGGGCAAGUACUUCGCCGGCAUCGCCAAGAGGCUCAAGGGCGGCUCCACCUGAUGGCUCGCGCGCCAUCUAUCAUCACCGGCGGCGGCGACGCGGCGAUCGCCAUGCAUGGCCAUGCCCAUGCUCGCGCGUAGCUACGGCGCCUACAUAUACAGUUACACACCCUGCGCGGCUGUGCAGCAUCUACAUAUAGCUGUUCCUGUGGAUCUCGAUCGUUCGCCACUCUAUACGGCAGCGUGUGAUUCGGUCGGUCUUAUUGUGGUCUUUGAUUGAACUGCUCGUGGAUUGGAUUUGGUAUGCGGAUUGUGCAUUUGUGCUUGACAUACCAUCGUAUGAUCGUAUCACCGCGUGCUCUUUUA